UUGCUUCUGCCCUCAGCCCUACCUUGGCUUGGGUUACAGCACCCACGUGUGGUGUGUAAGAUCCGGGCACCCGCCCCCCGACUACGUUGAAGUCCGAUCGACUAGUGGCGCUUUGCAUGUCAGCCCCCGCUCAGCAAACAAAAAGAGCUGCCUGGCCGAUUCUGCCUUCCUCCAAGACACUUUUAAGCCUAUUCAGGUUUCAAAACUGUCAACAAGCAAGCAGCCCGUUCACUUGCGCUGAUAUACAAACCACGGAAGGCCGUGCCUCGCCGGCCGUGUCACACCCGCACGUUCGCCAGAAGCCCGGCUCAUCCAACUGUGCGAAAACCCCUGGUCGAAUCCUCGAUAAGCGUCGAUAAGCGGCCGAGUCCGCCAACCAGCGAGGCCGCCAUGCGCAACAUAUGGCCGUGCUCGUCCUGCGCCCUUCUACUCCUCGUUGCGCUUCUCGGAAGGGAAACAUCAGCGUCGCACGCCGGGAAGUUAUGGAGGAAAGAUGUACACCAGAUCCCAAAGGUUCAGGUCACUGCCCACCCGGCGCGCAGGGAUGAGGGCACAUGCCCAGCCGAGCAUACGUCCUGUCCAGCCUCCCUGAGCGGCGGCUGCUGCCCUUCUCGGUAUGCCUGCGCGGUAGACUCGUGCUAUGCGACAACGGCUGGGCCGACAUCAGCCUGUGGCAAGGCAAAUUAUUUUGCCUGCGCACCCGUGAACGGAGGAGUGGGCUGCUGCCCUGUCGGCUAUCUGUGUGGAGAUGGUGACGACUGUAUCCCCCCUGCGAGUGCUACCUACAGCGAUCUCAGUUGUCCAAACGACUACUUCCUCUGUCCAUCCACCGUCGGCUAUGGGUGUUGUAGGAGUGGAAUGGGAUGUGCGCCCAACGCCUGUUACUCGACCGCGCCGGUCACCACCACCGUCCUUCAGACGAUUACGACGACAUCCGGCUCACAAACUGUAACGACCACCCGGACAGCCGUAACCGUCGCCGUACCAACUCCUCCCUCGGGGCUUCCCACAGACGACGCAAAUGUCGCGGCGAAGUUCAUUCCCACCAGCGUGCCAAAAGUCGCCGCGAGUUCAUCCAGCGAAUCCGGCGGCGGCCUAAGCGGUGGCGCGAUUGGAGGCAUCAUUGCGGGUGUGGUAAUUCUGUUGAUUGUGGUGGUUGUCGCGGCUUUCCUCAUCAUCCGGCGGCUGAAGCAGGUCGAGAAUAUCGUCGAGUCCAAGCGCGGCUCAUCAUCGAAAGCCAAAUCGCAAUCCCAGGCCCAAAUGGAGCACUACGGACGACAGCUGCACUCCGACGUCGACGACAUGACUAGCGUAGACCCCCUGAUGCUCAGGAACAACACCAGCACUGCCGGCACCCCGCAACCCGAAAUCGAUGCAUCCCAGGGGCGGUCUGACUCCGGCGGCUUCAGCCCUUCCCCGAACAUGUUCGCCUUCACCGACAGCCACCUCCGCCACGCCAGCCCGGAUUCCAACCAGGGCUACUUUGACAUCCCCGGCCGCGUACAGAACCUCCCCAGGCACGGUGCAGGCGGUGCAGUGUCCCAGCAGCCGAUGCAACCCGCCCUCAUCCGCGGCAGCAGCAUGGAUGAUGCCGGUACCGCAGCCGCCCAGCACCGCCCAUACGCAUACACACACUGGCGGCAACAGAGCACCGCCAGCGAAUUGUCUGCCGACGGCAGCGACAACGGCAUGAACGCCACCGUACGCAGUCCGCUUGUCGGCACCGGCGGCGGCGUCUCCGAGCUGGAAGCGUCGGGGUCGGGAGCAUUCGCCGAGCUGCCCGGUGCGGUGGCAGGCGGGGUGAGGAGCCGAUCAAGCAGUACGAAUAGCGCGUCUGGACGCGGGCACGUGAGGAGCAGGAGUGGUGGGAUCAACCAGCUGCCCUCGGGCCAGAGCAGUCCGACAGUGGGCGCGUCAGGGUUGGAGCCGCUCGCGCCGCUGGUCGAGACGGCGUCCGAGAUGCACGGGUACCAUGGCCCCAUGAACCAGCAGGCGGGACAGACGACGGCAGGGCUGGAUGUGCAGGCCGGGUGGGAUGCAAGCGGUGGGUUCUACACCCACCAGCAGCAGCAGCAGCAAGAGUACCAGAGACCACGCCCGGGGGCAGGGUUAUGAGGGGGAUGGGUGAUCGUUUAAGAUACGGCCUUGUUUGGACAAGGGGAGAGCUUCGGCUGUGGUGUUGAAUUUCGGACCUUGGAACACUUUGGAUACCCAUCUUGCGCCGGC